AUGGCAUAGAUCAUUCUCUUUAGUAAACAAAUACGAGAGGUUAAUAAAUAACUAAUGAAUAGUACCGAAGUACUGAUAAUUAUAGCCAAAAUAACUCCAUCAGAAAGAAACAGAAAGUUACAGUAUUAAAAAUGGACUGUACAACCUUGCAAGAUGAGAAAAUUUCUUGCGACACCCUCAGGAUUUCUCAUCUUCCUUCGAACCUCACCAAUUCCCAACGCGAGAGUUUACUGCAAAAGUUUGGUGCUGUCAAAGUAAAAACUGUCAAGAAAUCUGAGAAAUAUGCGAUUACAUUUGCAAAGUUUGUCUCUAAAGAUGCAGCCACUCAAGCCUUGUUUCGGCUUCAUCAAUUGCUAGUACGUGGCCAGCGUCUUUCGGUUGAAUUUGCCAAAAAAAGUAUUUCCGAUUUUUCAAUCGACGAAUCUCAGAAUCUACAAAAUUCAAAGAAUGAAGGCAUCAAGGAAGAAUCGACUGAAUCAAACUUCCAAACAUUUCUUAAGAAGUUGAAUGGUUGGGCAUUCAGUCAAGUUCUUACACAGCCCCCAUCGCCUAACAUUUGGUACAAGUAUUCUCCACCUACAGCCAACACUUUAUUGAGAAUAGCCAUUCAAAUGAUUAAGGAACCAGUAUUCUACUGUCAGGUACUUCAUUUAAUGAAUAAGAUGAAUUUACCACCUCCAUUCCAGGAAUUGGAGUCUGAAUUUCCAUUCCUUAAAGAUUGUUAUGAUGUGGAAAGAUAUAGGUAUAUAUUCGGGCAGGCUAUUGGUCGUGACAGAAAGAAUGAUGAUCAAACAGAAGAAAGUGAUGAAUCAGAGUUAGAGACUGACGAAGAUAUGGACUUAAAGGCCAAAGAAAUCAUUCCAAUAAAACGGAAACGAGCACAAUCUAGCAAACGUUUGAAAAUUCCAAAAUUUGUCAACCCGUCAAAACAAGCCUUGAAUACCAGUUCUGCAAGUCAAAAAGUAGUCAAACCGGAGGAUGUAUUUGAAUCGUUGCAGAGGAGUGAAAGUAAAAGCUUAAAAAUUGCUCUUAAAGUAGACUCAGAUUUAGAAAAACGGUUAGAUAUGGGAUAUGACCCAAAUCCCAUCACUAGUUCUCCUUUGAUAACGUCUGAAGGAGAGGGUGGUUUCGGUCUGAUAUACCCAGUGAAAAAACCAGAUGAUGCUGGUACAAAGGAUGAAGAUGCACCUGUUAAUUCUUCCGCAGAGUUUAUUACACCAGAGGAAUUAGUAGCUAAUCGAAUUUCUGUGAAUGAUCAAAGGCUACUGCCUGUAUUCAAGAAUUACCAUCCUGGCAAACCAUCGUGUCGUCUUUACAUAAAAAAUCUCUCAAAACAAGUCGAGUUGAAAGAUUUGGAUUACAUCUAUAAGAAGUAUGAACUACCUCGCAAUGAAGAUGAUGAGGAAGCUCCUCGGUACAACGUAAGACUCAUGCAAGAAGGGCGGAUGAAGGGGCAGGCAUUCAUCACAUUACAAACUAUUGAACAGGCUCGAAUUGCUCUGGAAGAAACUAACGGGUUUAUUCUUAAAGACAAACCAAUGGUUGUUCAGUUUGCCAAAGUUGUAAAUAAAUCUCAAACAUCCUGAAAACCAUACAGAAGAAAUGUUGUAAUAUACCUAUAUUUAUCAAUUGAAAUAUUAUAAUGCUAAUAUGCAA